CGAGAGUGAAGAGAAUCGACGAAGCAGAACCGCAGAGAGGAAAGGAGAAGAAGAAAAUGGGGGCAAUAACGGCCUCAGUGAUUGCGAUAGUGGGUGUGGUUCUCGGUUGGAUCGCCAUCGAGAUUGCCUGCAAACCUUGCCUCGAACAGGGCCGCCAAGCCAUCGAUCGCAGCCUCAAUCCCGACUACGAUCCCGACGACGACGGCAGCGUUUCCGCCGACAUCAGCGCUCCUCUCAACCCUCCCGCCCUCAACAACACCGCCGCGGAUCUCGAGGCGGAGGAUCCCAAAAGCGCCGCUGCCAUCGCAGCUUCUUCUCAUUCCGAUGCCAUCAGGGCCGUCUGAUCGGCUUCCUUUUCCUUUUCCCAUCAUACAAUUACGUUGUUGCUUUCAAUUUUUCUUUUGUAUUUUGUUAUUAUUUAUUAUUUUGGUUAAAAUUAAAAUGGAGGAAAAUCAAUGUAAUUGUCUAAUUUUGUAUGAAAUGGAAUUACAGUGAGAAAUGUGCUUUUAUGCCCUC